AUGGAAACAUUAGAUAAUAUUAUUGAAAGUAUAGAUGAUUUAAAGAGACCAUUUGGUAAUGAUAAUAAUCAAUCUAUACCCACAGAGCCAUUAUCACCAAGAGAUCAAAUAGAUUUACCAUCACAACCACCACUCACACAACAAAAAUGGAGACAAACUAAAUUUUUAUCAACUUCUCCAACAGAUUCUUUAAAUUGUAAUAAUAGCUAUUCACCAGAUCUAAUAAAUUCAGCUAAUGAUAAUAAUGAAAAUAAUAAUUUAAUGAAUAGUAGUGGUAGCAGUGGUAUUACAUCGUCAACAGAGAUACCAACAAACACAAUUCAAUUUAAUAAAUCUGGAAUAAAUAAUAGUUCAGAUAGCAUAAGGAAUAAAAAAAAUAAAAAUUUAUCCAAUCAUAGAUUGAGAAAAAAUUCAACAACACUUUCCAAAGAAAAGAGAGGAAACAUUUUAAGAGAAAUUUUAUCAACAGAACAAGCCUAUCUUUCAUUUUUAAAGAUAAUAGUCGAUGUAUAUAUUUCCAAAAUUAAAGAAAAAGAUAUUAUACCACCCAAUGACAUUGAUGGAAUAUUUUCAAAUAUCGAAGCAAUUAAAUCAGCAAAUGAAGAGAUUCUAGCCAAACUAAAAGAGAAAAUAGAAAAUCAUAAUUCACCAUCCUUCCCAGAACAAGUGGAGAUAUCUGAUAUCUUUUUAGAGUUUGGGCCAUUCUUAAAAAUUUAUUCAAUUUAUGUUAAUAAUUAUUAUAACAAGGCUAUUCAAAUAAUAAAGUUAAAUACAAAUACAAAUAAAAAGUUUAAAAAUUAUUUAAUUGAAUGUAAAAACAAUUCAUUUUCAAAAAAAUUAGAUUUGAAUGACUUAAUGAUUAUGCCAAUUCAAAGAUUACCAAGAUAUAUUUUAUUAUUAGAAGAAUUAAUUCAAUAUACACCACAAAAAACAGAAGAAAAUGAACAUAAGAAAUUAAUUGAAGCAAAGAAUAUUAUGAAGGAUGUAGCUUCAUUUGUUAAUUCAUCAACUGUUGAUAAACAAGGUCCUUUAGAAAUUUUAACUAGAGUUCAACAAAUUUUAGGUCCAAAGACAGGAAACUUAAUUCAAGCACAUAGAAGAUUUAUAAAGAGUGGUGAUUUAGUCCGUAUAGUUUUUCAAAACAAUACAAAUGAUAAUUCAUCAAUAGCAGGAACAGCAGUAUCACCUGCAAAUGAAACAUUGGUUACAAAAAAUAAUGAAGUUUAUGAAAAGAGAACUAUCAAUUUAUAUUUGUUUAAUGAUAUUUUAAUUUAUGCUGUAAAUAACAAAUUUUGGAGGAAGCUCUAUUUGGUAGAUAUAUGGAUUAGAACUAAGGAUAUUCCUGGUUUAGAGAACGUAUUUGAAAUUUAUAGUAAAUCAUUGUCAUUUAUAUUUGUAAAUCAGUUUUCAUCAUCAAGUAGCAGCACAUUUGAGGAAUGGUCAACUCUUAUUCAAAAUACAAUCAAUAGACUAUUGGAGGCCGACCCAGAGGCUAAAGAAAAGAGGGUACAGCUCUUGGAACAAGAUGAUCAAAUUCAAAGAGAUUUUACUUUUGAAGAGAAACAAUUCUUCUUCGAAUCAUUAAAUCAAACAAAAGAAAAAUCAACAAACUUUAAAGAUUCUUUAAUCGAAGAUGGUAUUGUAGAGGAUAGAAAGAAAAAGAUUGAAAGUUUAAUUAUAUUUCAACAUCCCUCCGAUUCAAAUAAUAGUGAUUAUUCAGACAGUGAGUUCCAACAAUCUACAUCUCCACCUCAACAAGCACCAGCAGCAGGUGGCAUUACCAGAAGCAGUAGCAAUUUAAAUUUUUCAGAUUCAGACUCUGACAUGGAUAGAAAGAAAAUUAACGAAGAAAAGAGAAUACUAAAAAAGAGAAUGCAAACCCAGUCGAAUCAAUUUAAUCGUACAUCGUCAUCCGUAUCAUUGUUUACACAGCAGUUGACCGGAAAAUCAACAUCAAGUUUAUCUCAUAUCGUUUUAACAAAACAAAAUAUUGUGGUCCAAGGUUACCUUACCAAGAUUGGCGAAGUCGUAAAGAACUGGAAGAGAAGAUGGUUUGUUUUCGAAAAUAAUUACCUCUUUUACUUGAAAGGUCAAAGCUCUUCAAAGGUUUUAGGUAUCAUUCCAUUAAUUGGCUCAAGGAUUGAAAAUAUUGAGGAUACUUCAUUUAAUAUCACAACCAAGCAGAGAACUUAUUUAAUUAUAGCAGAUUCUAAAAGUGAUCUUCAAAUGUGGACAAAGGCAAUUAACGAGUUUUAUAAUACAAGGGAUAGCUUUAUUAAUAAUGUUAAGCAACAGUAUAAUUCAAAUUCUCCAUUAUCAUCAUCACCAAAAAUAUCAUCACCCAGUAUCCAAAAAAGAUUAUCUUGGUUAUCGGGUUCAUUACAAAAUUUAAAUUCUUUAAAACCCCAAAAUGAUAAAUCAAAAACAAUUGCUAGUUUUAGAUUCUCAUCCAUCAUUAAAGAAAACGGUGAAUUAAAUAAUAGUGGAAAUAGUCUAGUAUCACCAGAUUUAAAUAGUAGCGUUGGAAGUAAUGGCAGUGGUAGUGGCGGAAAAGUCGAUGAUCAUUAUGAAGAUGACGAUUGUUCAAGUCUUUCAAGUGAAGAAAGUAUAUCAUCAGAAGAGGAGUUUGAUGAUUAA